AUGAUAAAGGUGGCGGGCGUGGCAUCGAAGGUGGCGCGGCUGGUGGGCGGUGCUGCGGGGGGCGUGGCGUGCGGUGCGGGGGGCGAGCUGGCCGAGCCCGCCGACUGCGAGAGCAAGACCCUCACCUCCGCGCUGAAGAGCUUCCUGCGCGCGCUGCCGGAGCCGCUGCUCACGCGCCGGCUGCACGACCAGUUCCUCGCCGCCGCCAAGCGAGAGCGGCGCGAGGAGCGCGUGGCGGCGCUGCACUCGCUGCUGCUGGCAUUGCCCGCAGACAACCGCCGCAUGCUGCGCCUCGUGCUGCGACAUCUGCGCAACGUGGCGGCGAAGAGCGACAAGAACCUGAUGACGGUGUCGAACUUGGCGGUGUGCUUCGGACCGACGUUGCUGCGACCCGAGCGAGAGACCGUCGCGUCUAUCCUCGAGCUCAAGUUCUGCAACGUCCUCGUGGAGACGCUGCUCGAUCACUACGACGCCGUCUUCGACCCCGCUCCGCCCCCCGUCGCACCCAUCAUCGUCCCAGCCCCCGCCCCGGCCCCGGCCCCGGCCCCGCCCACUACCCCCGCCCCCGCACCCGCCCCCACACACAGGACGCACAACGGACUACUCAGGAGAGACUCCCAAAGUUUCAACUAUAUAGGAAAAGAUAUAGGCAUAGGCACUUUUACUUUAGCAUAA